CAGCAGCAACUGUCUACACGCUCCCUGUGCUCCGCUCACCUUAUCGCAUACCCGUAAACGCGACCCUGCCUCUGCCAGUUGGUUGCUGCUGUUGCUGCUGCUCCUGCUGUUGUUGCUACUGAUGGCGUGUGCGGGAGAAGAUUAUAUGACUUUAGAUUAACACCUUAGCACAGUAAAAUUACCCUUGGGUCUAUAGAUACACUGAAGGAGUGUUGGUUGCCGAUUACUAGAUGCUGCAAGCACUGUGAGGAGUUGCAAAGUCUCUUGUGUUGCAAACAGUGCACUACCAACAUUUAUUUAUAUAACCUUAUUCUUAAUAUACUAACAAAAUGCAAUAAAUCUUAGAACGUGGUUUGCGACAGAAGCACACCUCUGAGGGAGAGAUUAAUACGUCCCAACUCGGAAGACGGACAGAAAAAUAUCAACGCGUGAGAGAAACUUAUUUCCCAGCAAAAGGACCCUUCGACUCUCUCCUUCUCGGACAAUGUUUCUGUCCGCCUUCUUGCCCUUAUUGCUGGCAGCGGUAGUCUCUCCUCCCUUUACAAUGGCGCUGCUGCUCCCUCCUGAGGGUAACGACUACCCUUUGUAUGACUUCCCCUCCGUGCAGUACCUCCCACACAACUCCCUCAUCGAAUACCAAGACCCUCGACUGGUCGACGACGAGAGAAUGGAAGUAGCUACCAGGUCCACCUACCUGCCUCUCCCGCCCUCAGACUCCUCAUCUUCAUCUCUCUACCCCCAAUCAGCCUCCUCCUCUUCUCCUCCCCUUCCGUGCACCGCUGAAGACAUAGCAAGCAUACUAAACAUGGAAGACCUGGACAAAGUAAUAAAGAUCGUGUCGAAGCUGGAGGGAAAGAGUGUCAAGGAGAUACUUCACAAACUGGCAGUCAAACAUGGACUGCACUUCAAGGACAAGGAGUUGCAUCAUGAAAAGAAGCCACAGUUUGACAACGCGGUUCCGGCAGUGUCGCCCCGUGGCCUGCCCGUGUCCAGGCUGCCACGAGCGCUGCUGUUGGUGGCUGACGCCUCCAGGAACGAGGUAGCACGGACUCAGGUAGACCUGGCACCACGCAUGGCACUCCUUGAUGUCCUCACUGAAGCCAAGUCUGUCUACGCUCUCAACAAUGGCCCUUACAGACACAACCCUUUCACUAUCAAAGCACGUCGGGUGGAGACAGAAGCGUGUCUUGGUCUACAAUCUGUUGGCCACAUCAGAGCCACACCCACGCGUCCCAUCCUCCUCUCCGUCACCAGGACACGCCCAACAGAACAGGUGGUGUGGGAGUCCAUCUGUCUGCCUCGCGCCUCAGACCUGCUGGUACGUCCUGGUGACGUUAUCAUACUGGCACCACGUUGACUUCACCCCGCUGCCUGCCGCAAGCCACAAUACGUGCCCCGGGGUGGGGGUAUUAAAGAUGGGGGUAAAGGGGCAUUAACAUCUUCAACCUCUACAGCAAAGAAGUAAAUCAGUUUGAGAAGCUCGCCAUGGGAGGAUAAUUUAAUUCUCUGCUCUCAUACAUCAAGUGUGUCAUCUUUAUAGAAUAAAAUAUCCAUCAACCGCGCGUGUUAUUCUGAUAUUUGACUCAACAGUUAUAUCAAAAAGAUAAAAAAAAAAAAAAGUCUGUAAAUUUUAUGCCAAAUUA